AUGGUCCUCACUGCACCGGUCACCGGUUGUUUGCGAGUUCGCAUUGGGGUGCUGGUUUUACCUAACGCAGUCAUCGUCGAGGGUCACUUUAACCCCAUCAACUUUCGUCCAACUGUUCUACUGUUCUUUCGUGACACCGAUUCAGCCGCCCCUCGAGAAUUAAAACAGUCAAUAGAGGACGCACGGGUUGUGAAUGAGGUUAUCCAAUCAAUGCACGACACGGAGCCCUUCUCCGACGAACUGUUGCAGGCCAUGAAGCGUCUCUGGGCCGAUCCCGGCGUCCAGCAGUGCUUUCAGCGCUCCAAUGAAUAUCAACUCAACGACUCGGCCAAGUAG